AUGUUUACAAAAUUAAAUGAUUAUAAUAACGAGGAAGUAUUGAAAAAUCCUUUAUUAAAUUUAUAUUGUAAUGAAAUGUAUUAUAAACACAAAGGAGUCGACAAUAAAAUUUAUGAACGAACUGAUGAAUCUUUAUUAUGUUUUGCAAAAUUACAAAAAGAACUUCCACAACUAUGUGUUUUAUUAAAAAGUGGAAAUAAUGUUGUUAAACGAAUACAAACGAAAAUAAUUAAUGAUGAAGUUUGUUUAUUAGAUAUACUGAAGUUUUUAUCAGUGAAUGCAAAUUAUUUAGUACCUGAAUGGUUAAAAUUAUAUCAAAUAUUAACUACUUUACCUAUUGGAUCUAAUGAAUGCGAAAGAAGUUUCAGUGCAUUAAAACGAAUUAAAACCAAAUUACGAAAUAGUCUCUCAUCCACAGCAUUAGAAACGGCCGUGAAGUUUAGUAUUUUAAAACCGGAUGUUACUGAUAAUGAUUUAGAUGAUAUUGUUCAACAUUUUUGUAUGCAUCCAGGAAGAGCAAAAGCUCGUAAUAUCAAGAUAUACAAGCACGAAGAUAAUGAUGAUGAUGAUGUUAAUGAUAAAUAA